AUGGACUACCCGCAUGGCAGGACAGUAACGACGGUGUUUGUGCACACUGACAGCGGCGAGCGGAUCCACGUGCUGGAGAGCAAAAAGGGGCAGCAUGCAGGCCUGCACAGUGGCAUGCGCGUCCGCGUCACGGGGACCUGGGCCGGCGGCAUGCGCAGCGGCGGCGGCAUGGCUGCGGCGGCAGCAGCAGCGGCUCCCAAGGCGUUUGUGGCAGCCAGCACGCAGCGGAUUGGCGGCGUCAAGCGGGGGCAAGUCAGACGCCCAGCCCUGGCCAGGGGCAAGCUGGAGGCCAGCGCGCCCAUGCUUUCCAGCAACCCGCCAACAGCCAAGGACAUCUCCACUAUAGUCAUCCCAAUUGCCGGCGUGACGCCCCAGGGCGGCGCCUGCCCCGGCACCAGCCUGCCCCAGUUUUCCGUCGACCAGGAGGCAAACCGCAACGGCACCACUGUGGGCUCCCUCUUCGGCUCCUGCUCCUACGGCAAGAGCCGGCUGACGGCGGCAAACAGCCUGGUGGCGCCCCUGGUCAAGCUGCCGUGCGAGGGCAUCACCAACGGCGUCGCCUGGACCUUCUCCAAGUGCGACUUUGACGACUUCAACGGCUGGGCCGAUGCCGCCGACGAGGCGCUGCGGGCACAGGGUGUGGCGCUGGAGAAGUACAAAUACAGGGUGUACCUGGUGCCCCCCAGCGCCUGCGGCUUUGUGGGGCUGGGCUACGUCGGCUGCGAUGGCUCCUACACCUGCCGCGCCUGGAUCGGCAGCGCGGUGUGGGACUCAGCCACCGCCAUCGCACACGAGCUGGGCCACAACCUGUUCAUGGGCCAUGCCACCUCCAUCCUCCCUGACCUGUCAGUCGACGAGUAUGGCGAUGUAACCAGCGUCAUGGGCUACUGCUGCGAGACGCGCUGCCCCAACACGCCCCAGGCCUGGCAGAUGGGCUGGCUCACGCUGCAGCAGCUCGACAGCAGCAGCCUGAAGCCGGGGCAGACGGUGCAGCUGCGGCUGGCCAGCCAGGCCAUCUCCUCCCAGACUGGCGCCCGCAUCGAUGUGUCCAGCUGGGUGGCGGGUGUGGACCCCAUCUUUGUGGGCUUCCGCACCGCGGAGCGCGGCGACAGGGGGCUGUCGGCAGGCGCGGCAGGACGUGUGCACGUCUACACUGCCCCCACCACCAACAAUUUUGAUGCGCGGCCGACGAUCUGGCGGGAAGGCCUGGCAGCGGGCCAGUCCUGGUCGCAGCCCGCCUCUGGGGUGGUGGUGCGGCACAAGGGCAUGGCAGGCAGCUCUGCGCUGGUCAGCGUGUGCCGCAGCGGUGGCGCCGAGACCGCGGCCUCGUGCGCUGCCGGCGUUGACUGGGAUUGCAACGGGCUGGCGGGGGCGGCCGACCCCGCCUGCGCCUCGCUGCUGGCCUGA